GUUUAUUGAUCAUAGUGUUGUGAGAUAAAAUCAUGAGAGUUGUUAUUGAAAAUACAAAUGCGGAUGCUUUGCGAUUUGCUGCGGAUUAUAUUGUGAGCAAGAUCAAAGAAGCGAAUCCAACAGAGGCAAAGCCUUACACGGUUGUUUUACCGGACCCCCUUCCAUCGGUAAAACUUCUUUUCGAUGAUCUUGUCCGUGCCUUUGAAGUUGGGAGAAUCUCCUACAAGCACGUCGUGUUCUUUCAAUUAGAAGAAUUCCGUGAUAUUCCCCGGACGGACAAACGAAGCUUCGCCUGGCGCCUGUACGACUACUUCUUCAAAUUCGUGGAUGCAAAUCCGCAUAACGUGUUCUUCCUCAAUGGAACAUCCAGCGACUUCGACCGUGAAUGCGAGCUUUUCGAGGACGCCAUCAAGCGCUACGGCGGAAUCAACCUCAUGUGCGUCCAAGUCAGCUCCGAAGCGUCGAUUGGAGGAAAUGCGCCGGGCAGCUGCCUCACCAGCCGUACUCGCCCCAAGACGACGACCUCCUUCGUAAUCAACGACCGUUCCUACACCCGCAACGGUCUGGGGGACAUUGCUGAGGAGGACAUCAUUCCGGUGGACGAAUACGCGAUUGGGAGCAACUACGUGCUAACGAUGGGCCUGGGCACCAUCAUGGACGCGGAGGAAGUCAUCGCAUUAUUCAUCGGUCCUCCAGCGGCGCGUGCGCUGCACCACGUGCUAGAAGGCUCGGUGUCGAACAUGUUCCCCGCGUCGGUGCUGCAGUACCACACGCGCGCGUGCAUCGUGAGCGAGCACCGCUCGAUUUCGACGCUGAAAUUCACGACGGUGGAGUAUUUCAUGGGCAUUCGCGAGAAUUUCAACAUCGUGAACAGCCUCCCCGCGCUGCAGACCACGCGAGAGUCGCCGUAUCACCACGCCGUCAAGUUCACGCAGCAGCUGCCCAGCGAGUUGUUCCUCGGAGCCACCGCCGAGAGCUACCGCGAGCCGGCGCGCAUUGCGUCGCAGUUCGCGGUGGAGAGAACGAGUUUGUCGCCGCUGAUGGAUAGUAGCUUGUCGCCCAAGACGGAUACGAGCAUUUCGCCGAAUGUGGAUGGCGUGUUUUCGCCGAACCAGGAGACGGUGGAUUGAGGAGAGAGGAGGAUGUGUAAUGCAUUUUGUACAGAAU